AAACUCAAUAUUCUAACUGCUGUGGGCACAUUUGCGUUUGAUAGGAAGGUUUUAUCAAUAACACGUUUGUGUUCUACCAAGUAAACUCAGCACCGCAACUUAUAGUCGUGGACGUUGGACAGAGAUGUACCAUUUCUUUCUCUUGUCAAUUUUUCUUACACUCAAAACUGUGACUGACACUGACAGUGCCGCUGACAAAUUGUAUGGACACGAUUACCGGAUGACCGUAUACUAAAGCUACAUAUUUUCUGAGAGGAAAGAUCUUGCAUGAAAGCGACUUGAAUUGAAGAGAAACAUGGCUGGAAAUGAACAAGUGACAAUUGAUUAUCCCCAACUACGAGAGCUCUGCCAAAUAGAUGGGCUGAAGAAUAGGAACAAUUCUGCAACAUCUGAUGACGCCCAUCGAACGUUCAUGAAUGAGUAUAAAAAGAUUUUUGCCACAAAGUCUAAUUCCAGAGGAAAUGGAAAACUUCCACUGAAAGCGUUAUCAUACAAGGAUACGUCUUCGAUGACCAGUCUUAGCUCCUCAAGAUCUGUCCAAGGGCCCACAGAAACCCAAUUUGGUCGGUCUGGGGUUGGAAAAGAGAAGGAGAAAGAAUCUGAUACUCAGAGUCAUAAUAUCAGUGAUUGGUUGGGAGAGCUACACAAACAGAGGAAGAGUGAGGAUCCCGCAGAAAUCAGAAAACAGGGCAUCAAAACACUAAGAAAAGUACUCAGGAAAAUAUCGUUCGAGCGUAAUGCAAAUGAAAAUGACACCAUCUACCAGAUCCUGAAGACAUUUCCAUUAAUUCAUGAUCACAUCCCAGACAACGUCCUCCGUGAACUCUGCGUAAUUGCACAGUUGGAUGUAUGGAAGGAACCUGGUAUCACCAUUUUUGGAAACACCGGCUUCCACCUAAUCUUGAAAGGGGCGGUGUGUCCACUCAGUGACGUUUAUCUUAACUUUCCCACGGAUUCCAAUGGACGAAUCACUAGCCCAUCCUCUGACUUGGAAACGCCAAGGAAAGAUGAGGUUAAAAUUUCUGAGCUUCUGGGAGUGGGAAAGUGUUUUGGAACAUUAAAAAAGUUGGAAGGUAGAGAGCCAAAUAGCAGAGUUUUGAGUGCAGUGACGGCGGAGCCUGUAUGUGAAUUCCUCAAGAUAACUACUUCUGACUACACCAAGGUCAUAGAACAAAUUGAAACAAGGGACAAAACCGAGAAGAUGAAUCUAUUGCAAUCAUGUGAAAACUAUAAACUGUGGUCCAGACAGCCAUUGCUGAAAGUUGCUAAUCUCAUUGAAUGGACUACCUUCCCUGCUAAUACAGUUAUCGUGAGUGAAGGGUACCGAUCUCCAUUCAUUGCCUUCAUCAAGUCUGGAGAGUGUCAUGUGCUGAGGAAAGUUGAAAUCGUACACACGCUGAAGAAUGGAAAACAGAAAAACAAAACAAAACAAGUGGUGAUUGGCAAACUUCAGAAGUCUGAUUCAUUUGGUGAAAUCAGUGUACUGGAUGAUGAGCCGAUUACAUGUUCCUUAGUGACUGCAUCUACGCUGGAAUUGGGUGUCAUUGAACCUACUAAACUUCAUGAAAUCGAUGAUGUGACUGUCCAGUUGCUGCGACAGUCGAGCAAGAAAACAUUUGGAGAUGCUAAUGAGGAUGAGAUCCACGAGGAAUAUAUUCAACAGGAAUUAAAACGAGAAUGGAAUGAAUUUAAACACAAUGUCGUGGUCGAUGUAAUCAACUCCCGAGCCAUUAGACCUGGAUAUGGAAAGUGGGCUAAGUGAGGCAGCACGAUUGAUUAAAAAAUGAUGAGUCCUCUUGAGUAAAGGGAUUAGGAGAUGAGAUAUUGAGAGAGAUAAUGAGAGUGAGAAGGUUUUAGAUCGAAAAACUCCAGCAAGAAGAAACAAUGUAAGAGACUGAGCUAAGGAUGCAAUAAAAAGGUUGAAUGAACAAUGAUUCUUGUAAUUUAUGAAGUUGAGUUUAAAAUAUGGAACAUGUUUUGUUCAGGAUUAGAUGAACUCUUCCUACUUUAAACCCUGUGAUCAUAUUUUUCUUUGUGCAUUGCACAAAAUGUUAAUAUUAUGAUAAAAUGUUUGUGAAAUUAUUUUGUAAUGUUGUGAUAUAUUAUUCGGCAUGCUGUGAUACUUCAUUUUGUAAAUAAAGGA